GUGCUCGCGCGUAUGUGUUGUGAUAAACAAGUGUACUCAGUUUGGUUGGGCUCGCGCUCGUCAGCUGCGCUUCACUUUUAGUCGUCUCCUUUGCGCGCGCGUGUGUUUGAGCUCACACACACACUGAUGACACCUGAACAGGAUGAGUGUGUGAGAGAUGGAGGAUCGCUCUCUGCUACAGAAUAUUAGACAGACUCCUAAACCGAGUCUUCCAGUUCUAAUAAUCUCCAAGCUGCUGGCCGUCGCGUUACCUGUCGCUCAGCUCGUCAUCGGUGUGCUGUACCUGGAGAAAUGUCCCCGUCAGCCCCUGAUUCCAGUCUACCUGAUAGUCCAGGGUGUGUUUGCGCUGGUGCUGGUCUUGCUGUCGUGUCUCCCCUGCACUCAGGAGGAGGAGAAUGGGGGCGGAGCCAUCAGCACCUUCUGCACCACCUGGAACUCCCUCAUUACACUCUUCCUAUUCUGCUGGUUCAUUGCAGGUAACGUGUGGGUUUACUCCAUCUAUGAGCCAAAUUAUGACCCGACGACGCCGCUGUACUGCGCUAAGACGCUCUACCUGUUCACCUUCUGGACCGUCACACUCGUCUACAUCAUCAUCGGUCUGAUUAUCGCAGCCGGCUGCUGCGUCAUGGUCUGCAUGUGUGUGUUCGGUCGAGCUGGACUCUCCGGCGGCAUUUCCGACGAUGUCUGACGGACACGUCACGCACAUCAGACAUUAAAUUACACACAUUAUGUACAUCUUAUAUACACACACACACACACACACACUCUUUCAUGCUGUCUGAGACUAGGAAAGAGUGGAUCACAUAAUCUUUCCUUUAUGUUCGUGAUUGUAUGUGUGUGUUUACACUGAUUUAUUAAUAUAUGUCUGCUUUAUAGUUUACACAUAUGUAAUGCGUUUGCAUAAUAAAGUGUUGUAUAAUUAUCUUUGCACAAAUAGAAAUUAUAGGUCAUAUGGUUAAAGCUCCAUCUACGUAUGCUUCUGGUUUAUAAUUUACCCAUAUGGAAUGUUAUGUAUGAUUUAAUUAGUUUUAUUUACACACACUUUACAGACUUUGAUAAGGUGUGUAUCAAACAUUGUACCCAUAAUUCCAUAACUUUAAUAAAAACAUGAACACAUUUAUUAUAAAUGUGAACAUUUUCACAUUCCGUCACGUUACAAACAUAAAUGUAUUUCAUUGGGAUUUUAUGUGACAAACCAACAAAAGUGCCACAUAAUUGUGAAGUGGAAGUAAAAUGAAUUUUUUCAAGUGUUUUACAAAUAAAAAUCUGAAAAGUG